GUCUGGAAGCCACCACCACUUAGGGCUCAGGGGAGGACAGGAACCUGGCCGGGUCUAGUCGUCGGCGCUUCGCUGGGAGAGCGUCCUGCGCUCCGAGGCAUCUCGCGCCCAGGACUUGCGCAGCCUGGCCGAGGCGGUGGGCGGCCGGAGUCGGGGUUCGCAGCUCCGCGCAUGCUCGCCCGACAGGUCUCCGCGGCCGUCGGCUGGGGAGGCGCCGGAAGCGCUCGAGCCGCCUUAUGGCGCUGACCGAGGGCGCCAGGCUGGGGGCCUGGGAAGCGCAGGGAGAGGCCCCGGGGCGCGCGCCUCGGCGCUGGGCGCUGGCGCUGCUCGGGCUGACGGCGGCGUUGAGUUGGCCGCGGGCCUCUGGCGGCCUCUCCCGCCGCCACUGGCCGGUGCCCUACAAACGCUUUUCCUUCCGUCCAGAACCAGACCCUUAUUGUCAAGCUAAGUACACUUUCUGUCCCACUGGCUCACCAAUCCCAGUUAUGAAGAGUGAGGAUGUCAUUGAAGUCUUUCGAUUACAAGCUCCAGUGUGGGAAUUUAAAUAUGGAGACCUCCUGGGACAUUUGAAAAUUAUGCAUGAUGCCAUUGGAUUCAAGAGUACAUUAACUGGCAAGAACUACACAAUGGAAUGGUAUGAACUUUUCCAGCUUGGCAACUGUACAUUUCCCCAUCUGCGGCCUGAAAUGAAUGCCCCUUUCUGGUGUAAUCAAGGAGCUGCCUGCUUUUUUGAAGGAAUUGAUGAUGUCCAUUGGAAGGAAAAUGGGACAUUAAUUUUAGUAGCAACCAUAUCAGGAAGCACAUUUAACAAAAUGGCAAAGUGGGUGAAACAGGACAAUGAAACAGGAAUUUAUUAUGAAACAUGGACUGUCCAAGCCAGCCCUAUAAAAGGAGCAGAGACGUGGUUUGAAUCCUAUGACUGUUCAAAGUUUGUGUUAAGGACAUAUGAAAAGUUGGCUGAAUUUGGAGCAGAGUUCAAGAAGAUAGAAACCAACUAUACAAGAAUAUUUCUUUACAGUGGAGAACCUACUUAUUUGGGAAAUGAAACAUCUAUUUUUGGGCCAACAGGAAACAAGACUCUUGCUUCAGCCAUAAAAACAUUUUAUUACCCCUUCAAACCACAUUUAUCAACUAAAGAAUUUCUGUUGAGUCUGUUGCAAAUUUUUGACUCAGUGAUUAUGCAUAGAUGUUUCUAUUUGUUUUAUAAUUUUGAAUAUUGGUUUUUACCUAUGAAAUUCCCUUUUAUUAAAAUCACAUAUGAAGAAAUCCCUUUACCUGACAGACAGAAAACAUUCACUGGUUUAUAGAACCUUAACUCUACUACUCAUUUUUUCCCUCCAACCACUAGCAUAUCACUUUUUCAAGGUGUGAUUUUUACAUUUGUGGGUUUGUUAGCCUUUCUUCCUUGAGGCGGAAAGGUAAACUGUAUAUUGGCAGAUUUGCAGCACAUUAACAUUUCAGAACUUUUUGAGAAAAAGCUGAAACCCUUAUUAUGUUGGCCAGAGUGAGCAUGUUAAAUGUCUUGAUUUCAAUUUCCAAGCCUUUGUUACUACUGAGAAUUAUGGCUCGUAUUAGGUAUGUAGGUUCUUUGUUUUCAAUAGUGACAUUUUCUUGGUGGGAGCUACUUCUCUUGGUACGAUAUUUUUUCAUUUAAGUGCUUUUUGGUAGUUUAGACUGACUUUAUAGCUUUUAUAACUUUUGCAACCAGGUAUAAUAAUCUGGCUGCAUUCCAUUCACCUGGCUUUAAAGAUUUGUUUAGCCACCUAAGCUGGAGUAGUUGUGCUUUCGGAUAUGAUACAGUGUUACAAGAACAAAAUUUCUGGAUUUAAGCAGAGUAACAUUUCUAACCCUUAGUUUCCUUCUCUCUAAAAUGAUUAUCAUAAAAGAUUAUGUCAGGAUUGUUACAAAGAUUGAAGUCACUUUAUAUCUGGUGUAGGAAGUUCACAAUGAAUUGUAUCUGUAAUGAUUAAUCAAAGAAUAAAGUAUCAUCCUUUAUCUUGCCUAA